AUGGUUUUCUCUCCGGAGCACGAGAGCUGGCGGCGACACCCGUACUUUUCGCGCCCGUUUGCGCACUUCCUGCCGCCCUUUCGCAACGCAGUCGUCAUCUUCAGCGCGUACCUGAUCUUUGACACCUUGUACUCGUCCCGCUACCCCAAGACGGUCCCCGCCAAAUCCAUCGACGUCGAGUUCCCGAAGAGCGGCGGCGCCUUCAACAAGACGGAGUGA